UUUGGGAAGAAGAUGGUCAGAGUUUGUGUUCUAUAAAUGAAACGUCCGAUAUGACGAUGAUGGAUGACAAUCGACAAAAGAAUUCUGAAGACUGUUAGAAAAAUGCUUCAUCUGCCUUAAAAGGGUUUAAAAAUGGCCAUAAGAGAACUGAAAGUUUGUCUUCUAGGGGAUACAGGCGUCGGGAAAUCCAGUAUUGUUUGCCGAUUCGUUCAAGAUCACUUUGACCACAACAUCAGUCCAACUAUAGGUGCAUCAUUUUUAACUAAAACUGUCCCUUCUGGGAAUGAACUUCACAAGUUUUUAAUCUGGGACACUGCCGGACAGGAACGGUUCCAUUCAUUGGCUCCCAUGUAUUAUAGGGGAUCUGCGGCUGCCGUCAUCGUUUAUGACAUCACCAAGCUCGACUCUUUCCAGACAUUAAAGAAGUGGGUAAAGGAGCUAAAAGAACACGGGCCAGAGGAUAUAGUCGUGGCUAUAGCAGGAAAUAAGAACGACCUGGGCGACAUCAGGGAAGUUCCAACUAAGGAGGCAAAAGAUUUUGCUGAGUCGAUUGCUGCCAUAUUCAUGGAGACUAGUGCCAGAAAUGCAAUUAACAUUGAGGAACUUUUCCAGAAAAUCAGUCGACAGAUUCCUCCUCUGGAGAGCGAAGACGCUGACAGCAACGAGUCCUUCAAACUGACGCGACAGCCCCCUCCCUCCACCAGACGCUGCUGUUAGAUUCCCGUCACCUCCCCGUCACAUCUGCAAGUCACUAUCAACACUUUAGAACCAGCCAGAUUAACAGCACUUGCAUGCAUGCAACAACAUUAAGUUGGGUCAAGCUUUUAAAAGGAUUCUCUAUACUGCAGAUCGAUUCAGAUUUGUCUUACAGAGCCCAAUUGUUUUCGGUACGCCCAGCAUAGUUAGGUAAAUGUUAACUAUCUUAAAAACAUUUGUGUAAAAAAAAAAUUUGGCGAAAUGCUUGUAAGAUCUGUAAAUCUAUAAUUAAGUGAGAAACAACGAUCAAUAUACUGUCAAGCAUACUGUUAAUAUAGUAACAUCUUCAGGCAAACACGAUUUAUUUUUGAGAGUUAAUUUUGUGCCACAUGAGAAUUUGUGUUAUAUUAACUUCAAACUAUUCAAACCCUUUUGCUAUUAAAAUGUUUCUCGUGUAAUAGGUAGCAUAAAAAUGGCUUCGUAUAGGCAUCAGAACUGGAUUUGGAUAUGGUCGCAUGACUGAUAGACAUGUACAUUGCUGCAACUCCAAUUCUGAAAAAGUUGGGAUUGUAUAAAAAAUGCUAAUAAAAACAUAAAAAGGAGAUU